CGGUCACCAGUGGAGUGGACCGAUCCACGCCGGUCACCAGUCGUCCUCGUCAGCUCAGCUCGAAAAACACCAGCCGACGGAGUGGCCGCCGACUGAGAGGGAGAAGGACCCAGGUCGGCCGCGGGCCCGAUGGACCUAGAGGACCAAGAAGCGCAGAAGCCUCUCCUGGUCACCGCGCCCGGGAGAAUCGGUGAUGGCAGUCACUUAGCUGAGUCCGACGCUGCCUCGUCCUCCUCUUCGAUUGCGGUGGUGGUCGCCAGCACCGCAGUCGCCGUCGCCGGAUCCUUCGAGUUCGGCAUCUCGGUGGGCUACUCGUCGCCUUCUCAGUCUGGCAUCAUGCGUGAUCUCAGCCUCUCCUUAGCCGAGUACUCUGUCUUUGGCUCCAUACUAACCAUUGGAGCAAUGCUAGGAGCUGUUGUCAGUGGUACCGUGGCAGACCGAGUUGGUCGAAGAUCUGCAAUGGCGAUAUCAGAUCUUCUCUGCAUUUUCGGAUAUCUCUUGAUAACCUUUUCCCAGAAUUUCUGGUGGCUUGACAUUGGAAGGUUCUCAAUUGGAUGUGGAAUUGGCCUUCUUUCAUAUGUGGUUCCAGUCUAUAUAUCAGAGAUAACACCAAAGAAUCUUAGAGGAGGUUUUGCAACUGUAAACCAGUUUAUGAUAUGUUGUGGGGCAUCACUUGCUUAUGUUCUGGGAACUUUUAUCACCUGGCGGACUUUGGCAAUCAUUGGAGUGGCACCAUGUUUGCUGCAACUGGUUGGCCUUCUUGUUACUCCUGAGUCCCCAAGAUGGCUGGCUAGGUUUGGCCACCCAGGUGCAUUUGAGGCAGCAUUGCAGAAGCUAAGGGGAAAGGGAACUGAUAUCUCUGACGAAGCAACAGGAAUCAAAGAUUUUACAGAAAAGCUUCAGCAAUUACCAAAGUCGAAGAUGUUGGACCUUUUUCAGAAGGAUUAUAUCCGUGCUGUUACAGUUGGAGUAGGGUUAAUGGUCCUUCAACAGUUUGGGGGAGUGAAUGCCAUUUGCUUUUAUGCAAGUGAAAUAUUUGUUUCAGCUGGUUUCUCAUCAGGAAAUACAGGAAUGCUGGCUAUGGUUGCUGUUCAGAUUCCGAUGACAGGACUAGGAGUAAUUCUAAUGGACAAAGCUGGACGGAGGCCACUUUUGAUGGUAUCUGCAGCUGGAACAUGCCUGGGUUGCCUACUAGUUGGAUUGUCAUUCUUAGCUAAGGAACAUCACUGGGGAAAGGACCUGAACUUAGUGCUGGCUUUGGCAGGCAUUCUGAUUUUCGGUGGAUCAUUUUCACUGGGUAUGGGAGGAAUACCCUGGGUUAUAAUGUCAGAGAUCUUUCCCAUAAACAUGAAAGGAGCAGCAGGAAGCCUUGUAACACUCGUCAGCUGGCUUGGCUCGUGGAUAGUCUCGUACGCCUUCAACUUCCUCCUGGUGUGGAACUCCUACGGCACAUUCUUCAUCUUUGCAAGCAUAUGUGGGCUCACAGUUGUGUUUGUGGAGCAGCUAGUGCCAGAAACCAAAGGAAGAACCCUAGAGGAGAUCCAAGCCUCCAUGAACUCAUCCUUGGCGUCCCCCUCUGAUAUAUGAUUUGCCUGUCUAGUUUACACAACCAAAUACCUGGAUGUAAAUACUAUUGCGCUACAGUGGUUAUUAUUUGUACGCAUACAAGUUUGUAUAUCUAGGACGGCUUGAAGAUAUGAUUCUCGCAGGACCAUCCAGCUUUGUAUAAUAUUGUCCGACAUAAAAAUGAUACUAUUGCGUCGGU